CUGAACUGCUCGUUGUUGAAGCUAUGAAGACAUGCUUUGGAUCAGCGGCAAUCGCUAUAAUGGUCCCAACACCGCCCUGGAGCUCGCGCUCAUCCGCUGUCGCUCUACGCAGAUACUGAAGCAUGACAACAAAUCCACUACUCUCCGUGAUUCUCUGCGUUUCUCGGUUUUCCCAACGAUCACUCAGAGCUCUGUGUAGAGCCCAUUCUAAUGGGCUGGAAAUUUACUCUCGACCCCCAAGGAGAGCCCGCUAAUUUUCGGGGGAUCGUUUGGCGACUUGCAUCAACUAUUUAAUCAACCUUCUUAAUUUAAUCCCUUUAUGCCGUUGUUUUUCAUGCAUCGCUACGCCCUUUUGACGGCUUAAACAGUUCGAAGUGAGGCUUGGUGCACAAUGUAACAGUCUGUGAAGUCCCAUGUCUAAUCGUUGGUGUUUGCAAUGAUAUUAGCCAAUAUUAGCAGCUCAUGCUUGAAGGCACUACUACAAUGUACAGACCGUAUAUAUGCAACAUUUGACAGUGUCUCCGCAAUGUCUGUACAUAACCCAUGUCAUCAUCCACGCGGCUUAAUAUCUCGUGGCCUGUAGGAUUGUUUUACUGAAGGUACCGUGUCUUCGACUCCGAAGUUCCUUUCUUGGUCUCCUACUUAGGGGUUUAGAACUCUCUUGAAUCUCCACGUCCUACAAAAUAGCCUAAUAUCCUUGUCUGCCGACUUAACUUAUGCUAAACCUCGCCACCCUUCAUACCUAUCUUUCUCAGCUCAUCGCUCCGCCCUCAGUCCACACUGCUUUGCUGAUCUCUCCUGAGGGUGCGCUUGUCUCGUACGCGACGGACCCUGCGCACCCCCGGCCCAAGGACGAAGUAUGGGCUGUUGCAGCGCUCGCAGCAGAGACAUGGGCCGAAACACGGGCACAAACGCCGAGCGUAAAUGGUGAGGAAGGCGGUGAGGAAGGACGACGAGAGGAGACGGAUGCGGGGAUGGUUGAGAGCGAGCUUGGUCGCGUUGUUGUAGUACCUGUGGAACCGGGAUCAAGCUCUCAUUCAAAGAGCACAUCUCCGGACGGGGAGACUCCAUCUGCAGAACCAAUACUUCUGGUCGCAGUGAAUGGUUUGUCGGAUGCGGAUUGGGAAGGGAUGGUGAUCAAGUCCAGGUCACUUGCACGAUACCUAGCUCCUUCGGUGAAUAAACAUCGGGAGACAGCGGGCAUUAUGGGAGGCACUGCACUUAGUACGAGCGUCAGCAUAAAACCGUUGCCGCGGACACGCUCAGCAGCAUCCCCACAUCAUCUAUAUGGCGCAAAUCGAUGAACACAGCGUAUGGGGGUCAUUUGUGUUAUUUGGGUUUGCUUUGACUGUAUGCGUUGAGGCGGUAGCGUAUGACUGGCCAAUGGGACGCGCACGAUGAUGCUUGAAACACAUCGUCAUUACUGCGGGACUUGAAAAAUCGUAAUAAAUUUGUUAUUACCUGUCGUUGUUACC